AUGGUGGUUCAAAGCCUUGUGAACUCUGCAUGUCUCUCUAAAGAGAAGGUGAAGCGAUUUCAUCCCGAAGUUCAAACAUUCACAUGCAGAUUCUAUCCCAACGUCAGACACUUCCAGUUUCUCACUCAGGAAUUUCCGCCAGGAUUCAAAUAUGUCGGAACAACAAAGCUUUUCGGAAGGCUAAUUGUUUAUGGCUACACUGAAACUCAAAUCAUGUAUGUCAACUUCGUCAUUUUUCGGUCCUGUUACGAAGUUUAUUUUUCAGGCUUUUAUAUACAUCUGAUAAGAUGA